AUGGGCAACCGCAAUCGCAAUCGCUCCAAGCAAAAGCGCCCGCGACUCUCCAACGCUCCACCUGAAAUCACCAGCCAUAUUUGGAGUCUCCUCCAGACGUCGGACCUGCGCAACGUUUGCCUGGCUAGCAAAUCCCUUCGUCGCUCUGCCGAGUCUACUCUGUAUUCUGCCAUCACCCUUAAGUGGAACCACGAGCUGGAACCCCGGAUCAUUACUCUCCUCGAAACACUUCUCCGCAAGCCAGAGCUUUUCGACUGUAUCCACGCCCUCUCGCUAGAUGGAGAUGAAUUCGUCGGCGAUGAGGAUCCGCCCCGGGCUCUGACGCCUUCGAGGUCUGCAGUUGCCAGCUUUACCCAGGCCAUUCAGAAGCUCAAGACGCCAAUCACCGGCCUCUGGGUGCGAAUGCUCAAGGCAGGCAGCAUGGAUGCCUUUGCUGCUCUGCUGAUUGCACGCCUUUCCAGGCUUCGCCGUCUGACCAUCACUGGAGAUUACAUCCGCCGGCUUGAUCUGGUUGGCAAAGUCCUGCAGCUAAAAGUCGGCGGCCAGCUGCCCAAGUUUGAACAGCUCAGGCGACUGGUCUAUUAUCAUGGCCUGGAUUACUACGCGCCUGCUCCUCCACACAGGUUUAAUGAAGUGGUGGGCCUAUUUCAUCUACCAACCGUGACGCACCUGGCAGCUUGGAUGGGCAAUUCGCAGGGUGGCGCUUUCAGCUGGCCCUCAGGUAAACCUGACCUUGGCCACCUGACCUCUCUCGACAUUGAGGGGUCUCGGGCAGCCACGAUGGCUGAGAUACUACCCCUCGCUCGGAACCUAAAGUCGCUCUCAUGGAGGUGGGAAUAUGCCCCUUGGACUGACGAUCAUUUGAUGACGAGAAAGCUUGACCUUGACGAGGUCAUGAUGGCUCUAUCACACAUCAGAGAUUCCUUGGAGAGACUGCAGUUCAGAAUCACUAUCCAUACUACCAUGCAUGAUGGGGAAGAUAGGAUGAAGGUCUCGGGAUCCUUCAGCGGUCUUGCUGACUUUGACCGAAUAUCCCACCUCGACGUACCAUUAGUAUGUCUUGCCGAGUUUGGGCCUGAGCCUCGGCCCUUGAGCCGCCAUAUCCCCCGCAGCGUUGAGACGCUUUCCCUCUCGACCGGAAUGUUCUCCAAUGAUGCGGUGGAAUGGAUCUCGGGCAACGACGGACCAGCGACACAGGAUUUUCUACAACUACUUCGAGGCUUAGCCGAUAGUCGUCCUACUAGGGGUAUCUAA